AUGGAUUCGUUAAUGAAUACAGGGAAGACUAACCCCAGAGGGAUUCCAGAAGCACCUUUUGUGGAAAAAGUACAAGACUUCAUCAAGGAUGCAAGUGAUUUCGAUCUUUUGUUCAAUAAAUUCCAAGAAAGGUUAUCCAUGUACAAGUAUAUGCAAGAAUCGAAAUUGAGCAAUAUAAGGUUACUUAGAACAACAAUCCCAGACAUUGAAAAUACUUUGAAGGUGUGCAAUCAGUUGAAAAAUCGUGAAGAGCCAUUGGAAACUAGUUACCAACUGAAUGAUACUCUUUUCACCAAGGCCGUGGUGGAAACUGGUUCAGAUUUGAAAGUAGGGCUUUGGUUAGGUGCAGACGUCAUGUUGGAGUACCCUGUAGAAGAAGCUAUCAGUCUACUGGUGACAAAACUCUCAGAUGCUAAGGAAAAUCUAAGGAUCUCAAAUGAGGAUGUCGAAUUCUUAAGAGAAAAUAUAACUACUAUGGAAGUUAACUGUGCCAGAUUGUACAAUUGGGACGUGGAAAGAAGGCAAGCCUUGAAGAAAGCUGAACAAGGCACUAAGGAUAUGAAGAUAUAA